AUGCCCCAUUCACUCCUCAACGGAACGAAUAUCUCCGAAUGCUCCAGUUAUGUCUAUCUAGGUCGGGAAAUCAAUAUGGUGAACGACUUAGCUCUAGAGCUGAGCAGAAGGAAACAAGUGCCUUGGGGAGCUCUCAAGAGCGUCGAGGAUGUAGUGAAGAAGACAAAGAAUACCCGAAUCCGUGCCUACUUUUUCGACUCAACGGCACAUCCUGCCCUAACGUAUGCGUCAGAAACCAGGUCGCUCCGCCAGCAGAAUGAAAGGUCACUCAGCGUCAUCGAACGCGCAGUCGAAAGGACAAUGCUAGGAGUAUCCUGUUCCACACAAUUAAGGAUACGAAGCUCCGAUCUGCGACAACGAUCAAAAAUCAAAGAUGCCGUUCUGUACGCCAGACAGUCGAAGAUAAGGUGGGCUGGACACGUCAUGCGUGUGAAUGACAACCGAUGGACAAGAGUGACUGGAUUCCUCGGAAUGUCAAACGUACUGCAGGAAGACCACCGACCCGAUGAGCGAGCAGAACCCACUGGGCUGCUUUUGCACGUGAUAGGGAAAGUGGAAGAUUUACUGGUGCACGCUCGAGUCACUCGACGACCAACGGGACUACAGUCAGCGCUAACAGUGCUUUGCGAGUUUGUCAUGGUUAGUGAGCGUCUUUUGUUGACCUCUGUACUCGAUCUACAAAAGGCGAAAUUCGAUCUUUUCAUCAAGAAACCCAGUUUUGACUAA